CGGCACCUGAAGGCAGAAGGGUAUGCCCUCGAGAAAAAUGGGCGGGUGUUGUCCAAGAAACCGGAGGGGUCUAAUAAGCACGUGUCCAUCAAAGGCGCAACGCUCUCCAGUGAGUUGUACAAGCUUGGCUUUCGUCGAUACCGGCUGAUGGGGGAGAAAGAGGAAGGCUACCCCACGAUUGAUCGUGUAUAUGAGAGCGCCGAAGGACCGGAUAUGGACGCUCGGAACCUUGUCAAGCUGAAGAGGCAACUUGCCAAGGAAGACCAGAAGAAGGAGGCCCCUGCACAGCAGAGGGCGGUUGACGAGAUAUUCCCGAAGGCGGGAGCAGCCGACGAGGCCAAGGAGGUAGGGCCCGUCGUGGAGACCGCCGCCGGAGGCUCCCCCGGUUUGGAGCCGAAGAGGAAGAGACUCGGGAAGGUCCCAGCACAGCCGGAGGGGAAGAAGAAGAAGAAGGGGGCCCCGGAGUUGAAGGAAGCCCCCGUUGUGAUCGUAGAUGAAUCUUCUCCCCCCAUCCUUCGGGUCAAGCCGCUGGUCUGACAUGGCCCCAGGACAAAAUCCAAUUCUCCAUCACGAAGGGGACUGCUAUCAUGCACGGGACCCUGAACCCGAAGGAGUUUUUGAGGGGUGCCACCCCUCCGACCGAUAAGUAUGUGCUCUCCCGUCAAGUCGAUGAUGUCCUCUGCUCUAAGGUUCUGAUGGCCUCGGUUACGGCAAGCCUUGGCCUUGGCGAGCUGGUCCAGAGGAUGGAGCAGUAUGAUUCCGAGAAGAAGAAAGCCGAUGAAGCAUUGGCUGAGGCCCGAAGGCAGCUCAAAGAGGCCGAGGAAGCUCGCAAAGCUGAGCAAAAGGCUUUUAAUGAACUCCUCGAGAGCUCCAAGACGGUGGCCAGGGCCGAAGGCAAGGCAGAGGCGGAGAAGGCUGCGGCCGAGGCUGCCAAGAAGGCCGCGAAGGAUGCCGAGGAGGCCCAGAUCAAAGCCGUCGCCGAAGCCCGGGAGGAUGCUGUCGCCGUUUUUGCUGAGGAGGGAUGGAGAGCCGAAGACCGGGAGGAAUGGGUGGCUUCGGUGGUGGAGGCUUCGCUGAAUGAAUGGGUGAAAGGCCCGGGCGCAAUGUGGCUGACCCGAAAGGGCAAAGAGUAUUAUGACGGGGGUGAGUACUUUACUCAGGCCCUUGUAUAUCGAAGGCUGUCCCAGCAUCUUGGGGUGGACCCGAAGGCCUUCGACCCGGCAUCCUAUGGUCUCCCUUCCCUUCAGCCAGACCCCAGGGUUCCCCUCCCUGAAGGUGUUGCGAGGCCUGAUUUGGAAGACUCCCUGCUGAUGGCCGAGGGCAGUGACGAAGAGGAAGCAACCGGGGAUGAUGUCGCGUCUAAGCCUGUAGCAGAGGACGCCUCCGGGAAUGAUGUUGUUGAUUUGUAAUCUGUACUUAGCCAAUAUUUGGAACACACUUUGUAAUGGUCACAUUUGUAUGCUUUCGGCCUCGGCCAUCAUUGUAACAAUUACAUUUACUCUUUUUUGUGAUGAUUGAUGGAUGAAUGUUAGCCCU